CACCUGCCGCCUGGACGGCGGGCGGGCGCGCGGGAGGCUGCGGGGCGCGGGGGAGCCUGGACCCCGCCGCACCCCUGGGCGCGCCUGGCCCGGGAGGACUGCAGGUGCGGGAGCCCGGCCUGAGGGCUCGCGGCCCGCGCGGACCGCGUCGCCCUGCCAGCUUCCCCGGGCCUGCGUUCCGCCACCGUGCUGUCACCCUCCUCCCCAGGUAGCGCGGGAGCAUCCUCCUGGGUACGAGGUCAGGCGCCCCCGAAGAAGGCGACACGCCCUCCCUCCGCCGCUCGGCGCUCCCGCGGGUGGAAGUCCCCGGGCGCACCCCGAGGCCGCCCUUGGCAGCCCGGGGCCUCAGGUGGCAGAUGUCAGAGGCCAGCGCCGGAGCUACGAGAAUCCUGCGCGGUUCUUCUGGGGAGGUGCGGGGUGGGGGUCAGGAUUCACCCAAGGGGUGAGUCCGUAGCUCAAGUUUCUUGAAUGUUCCACAAUAAGGAAGGUUGCACUGGCCGCGUGAGGUUAGACACCCUGUUUAAACUUCCUACAUCCAGAGGGGACAGCUUGCUAAGAGGACAGUAAAUAAAGUUGGGCUGGUAGACCCCCUGUUGCUGUGUAUAAAUAGACCUGUCAUUUCUCCUGGUCGCUACUUAACAUUUCUGAGUUUAUUACUUAACGUCGUAAUGAUAGUGAAUUCCUAAGAAGAAAGCAAUGAACUGCAUAUUGGUUGUUCUUUAAGUGUUUGGACUCAAAGGUGUACAAGUUUGUUGCCAAGGCCAAAGAAGAUGGCAACCCCGUAUGUCCCAGUUCCAAUGCCAAUAGGAAACUCCGCUUCCAGCUUUACAAACAACAGAAAUCAAAGGAGUUCUUCUUUUGGCAGUGUUUCCACAAGCUCAACCUCUUCCAAAGGCCAGUUAGAGGACUCAGCUGUGGGCAGUCUUAAGCAGACGAAUGUCCAGGAUCAGAUGGACAGUGCAUCAUCAAUGUGUGGUAGUCCUCUCAUUAGGACUAAAUUUACAGGGACAGAUUCAUCCAUUGAGUAUUCUGCUAGACCAAGAGAGGCUGAAGAGCAGCAUCCUGAGGCAGUGAACUGGGAAGACAGACCUUCAACACCUACAAUUCUAGGUUACGAGGUUAUGGAAGAGCGGGCCAAAUUCACUGUAUAUAAAAUCCUAGUAAAGAAAAGCCCAGAAGAAAGCUGGGUAGUUUUCCGAAGAUACACUGACUUCUCCAGGCUUAAUGACAAAUUAAAAGAGAUGUUUCCAGGCUUUCGAUUAGCACUUCCUCCAAAACGCUGGUUUAAAGAUAAUUAUAAUGCGGAAUUUCUAGAAGAUAGACAAUUAGGACUACAAGCAUUUCUUCAGAACCUAGUAGCUCACAAGGACAUUGCUAACUGCCUUGCAGUGAGAGAAUUUCUUUGUCUGGAUGAUCCACCAGGUCCAUUUGAUAGCCUAGAAGAAAGCAGGGCUUUCUGUGAGACUUUAGAAGAGACUAACUACCAUUUACAAAGAGAACUGCUAGAGAAGCAAAAAGAGGUGGAAUCCCUGAAGAAACUGCUCGGGGAAAAGCAACUUCACAUAGAUGCUUUAGAGACCAGAAUCAGAGCUGAUCAUAAGCCACACUUCAACUCUAGAGAAGCCGGAAGUGUGAUAGCAGGCAUAGAAGUCGCACAGUUGGCAUAUAAUGCUGAAGAUGACUAACACACUGGUGACUCUUCCUCCACUUCUCAUUUCAGCAGAGUAGCAACUGCCAUCCUAAUAGACUGAAACACAAGAGAACAGGAAUGCACGUGUAUAAAGUUUACAUAAAGUUUUUUUAAGUUAUUGGAAUAGGAACUAUAGUCACUGCUGCUUUCAAUGUCUUUUAUCCAGCAUUGUAUUUACUACAUUGAAAAAAAAAAAAAAAAACCCAGUUAGAAUUGUUAUCAGGGCCCAUAUUCUUAAAGACUUUACAUAAAUUAUUAUAGUGUCUUGCCUGUAUAUUGCUCCAGACUAGUGUGUUUGUGUGUGUAUAUGUGUGCUUGCUUUGUCUUAAAUCACCACUUACAUAGGUGAAAAUGAAUUGCAUGUUAGAAUCUGGAUAAUGUCUCUAUCUCAGACAGGAUAUAGGUUAAACCAGUGAACACCCAGGAAAGAAAAAUAAGAAUCCAACUUGAAAUGUUAAUAUGUCUCAUCAUCUCUAGAUACAAAUUGCUUAUUUGAAAUGUUGAUACUAUUUAAAAGAUGACUUUCUAGAACCAAAGAUAAUGUGUUUUGAAGAGUUAUAAUUAGAUAAGCAAAGUGAUAAAAUAGCCUUGAUUCAAGUGAUGAUUAAUUAAUGUCAAGAUACUUACUGUCCUGGUUUAUUAAUAUAUUAUACUGGGAUAUUUUCUGCAUAAUCUUCAACUCAAUUUUCUACCCAUAAAUUCACUGGGGUUUGCCUCAUUCAGAACACUACCUCUUUUUGCUAAUCAAGGCAUAUUCUUUUCAAAAUAUAUUACAGUUUUUAGGGAAGUGAAUUACAGAAAACGAAAAAAAUAAAUAACCAUGUAUACUGCAAAGUUCCCAAGUAGCUUGACUCCUGGUGUUCCAUAUGUACUUCUGUGUAUGUGAGGAUGUUAUGCUGUACUAUGGCUGAUUUUGUUUAUAUAUUUAGCCAACUGAUGCACUUUAUGAUAAUUAAACUCAUUUGUGCCAAGUUCAGUUGGGUGAGUUUCUUUAGUAAAUAGAGUUAGCUGGAAGGAUGGUAACCGAGCCUUCACUGUUACUGAGAAGUCUCCCAGGGUCUGUGAGUCACUCUUGUGAAGCGUUUGUCCUAUUUCAGCUCUCUGUACAGUUGUGAAAUGCCUUGUCUCUUCUUGAUACUAUCAACUGCAUGUUUUCUAUUUCUGCUGUUUGCAUAUUAGUCUUAGUGUGCAUUGUAAUCACAGUAACAUCUUGAAGUUCAAGUUGGCAUUGGACUACAUAAGCUUUCUAAAAUCUGAAAGAACCUCCUUGAGAAAUAAAAUACCAUCUUUAUUUCUCCUUUGCAA